AUGGCAACACUCUUCUCGGCCCGGCGGAAACCCAAGCGCAUAGCGCGAGACGACCCAGAACCAGCGCAGGCCGAUGUGGACGAAGACACCGGACCCGUCGUGCGACGACCCACCACGAGCAAUGCACCGAAGAAUAAGUCGAAAUUACGGGUAUCCUUCAACCCUGGCGACGAAGGCGAGGAUGGUCGUGAAGGCCGCCAUACUAGUGGUGAAGAGACGCAAAGAGACGCAUCGACCCUGUCGUCCAGGACGUCCCGACUGGGCCUCUCCAGUGCGGCGCAAACUUUACAAAAUCGAGUGGCGACAACGCGAGAUACUAUGGCGGACAGUAGCGAGGGACAGAAUCACGAAAGACCCACGUACAGCAAGGCAUAUUUAGACGAGCUACGCAACUCGACACCGUCUACUCCGCGCGAAAUCUCGUCCGGAGACAGCCCCGGUUUCGACCUAGUAGAGGCAGGUACCAGCACCGGCGACAACACCCUCGACCUGGCCAGCAAAUUCGGCCCUUCGGCCCUGUCAUCAUCUUCACGUAUCCCAACGGCUGCAGAGAUCCGUGAGAAGAAAGAGCGGCGGGCGCGCCUGGCGAAAGAACGACUCGCCAGCAAUACCAGCUCCUCCAAAACCAACGACAACGAAGACUUCAUCCCCCUCGAAGCAUACGACUCUGACGGAGAAUUCAAGCCGCGCGCUUUACAAGUGGGUUCGUACCUGGCCCCAGCUCGAGAAGCCGACACACGGCUCGUGCAUGACGACGAGGACAUCGCUGAAGGCUUCGAGUCGUUCGUCGACGACCCGGGGCGGGUGACACUCUCCAAAAAGGCGCUGAAGGAGCAAUCUAAACUCGACCGCGAAGCGAUCCGCAGCAUGAUCGACGAGGCCGAAGGUUCUGACGACUCGGAAGGGGGCUCCGCAGCUGGCGGAUCAGACGACAGCGACUACGCUCGACACCAAGCGUACGAGGCGGCGCAGACGCACCGGGGUAUGGAUGGGCUGACUGGACACGCCGCGCACAGGCGGAUCGCGGCACGACCAAGACAGCCGCGCGAGACGACCGCUAUCCCAAAGCUCAGCGCCGGGCUGGCGCGGCUGCGCGAGAUGGCGUCGAGGCUGGGGUAUGAGCGCGCGCGGAUCGAAAAGCGGCGCGCGGACAUCCGGCGCGAGAGAACCGAGAUCGUCGAGAGUCAGGUUCAUAUCCAGACCAGUUUAGAGGAGGCAGGGAGGGAGUUGGAGCUGGUCAUGCUGCAGCAGCAAAAGCAGCAGGAGGAGCAGGGGAAUUCGCGAUUAGCAGCGGUGAGGAAUGGGUUGGAGUCAGGUGCGAGUCAUCUACGACCUUCAAAUGACCAUGGCAUGGGGGCGGGCUCUAUCGGUGGUGGCGGUGCUACGAAUGGUGCUACGCAGCAGAAUUUGGUUCAAGGAAGGGGAUUGGAGUCGUUUGGGAACUCUAGUGAGCAGCCCACGUAG